CCUCGCUCUAGGCGCAAGUCGAACGUUCACGAGCGGCAUCCCCAUCGCAACGCCACGCCCCCCAGCAACGCAUAACACGUCCAAACUCGACCACUCAGGCGCCGUCUGCGUCGCCGCGUGUCGCCUUCUCGUCGCCGCACGCGCCCACACUCAUUUGUCCAAUUUUUUGCCCGACCCCGUCUCCGGUGAGGCGACGCCCUGCCCUCCCUCCGCACGCCGCAUCGACAGAACGCGGCCGUUCCAUCAAGAAGUACCGCCGUGCCAUCGAACCCGCAACCACUCGACCCGCCAGCGUCGUCGUCGCGACCGUAGCCAGCCCCCCGUCGCCGUCGCCAACUGUCACUACCGCGCGCCUCGCCACGCAAUUGGUCCUCCCUACCACCACAACACCACACUCGCGCAACUUCCGCGCCGGGCUACGGCCUUGGCUCUCCUUGAUCACGUACGGCAGUGAACGCCUUCCGGGAGCCGCUCCACCGCACCCAAAAUGGCCGCCGUCGGACAAGCCCAGCAGGCGAUCAAUAUGGGCCCGGCCCCUCUGCCUGCUGGCAUCACGCGUGAGCAGAUCCAGCAGACGUUCGCGAGGUUGAAGCAGAUGGAAGCAAGCGGCGUGCCCGCCGACAAUCCAGAGUACCAAAAGGCCUACAGACUGAUCAGUGCCGUACGACAGCAGACCCUUGCUGCACAGCAGAAGCAGAAGAUGAUGAACCAGCAACGUCUGGCUGCUCAACAGAUGCAGGCAGGCGGCCAACAGGAGAACGGAACGGCGCCGCAAGUCAAUCCACCGGCGACAGCGCCCAAUGGCGCAAAUGGCACUGCUGCUGUUACUGCCGCUACAGCUGGCCAUGGCCAGCCAUCUCCAUCUUUAAUCAAGGACAGCCCUGUGACGCCUGAGCAGAUGGCGCUUCUUCGUCUUCAGAUCCAGGCAUUCAAAUAUCUUGCCAAGAAUACGCCUCUGUCAGCCGAGCUGAAGAAUCAGCUGUCUCAGGCUCAGAUCAUGGCGAGGGAGUCAGCCGCCGGGAAGCAACCUCUAGCAGCAAAGCAGCAGGUUCCCUCAACCCAAGCGCCAGAGUCUUCGGCUGCUCCGCCAGGCGCGUCAGCCGACAGUGGCUCAUCCACAAGAGGUGACAAGUACGAGACAUUUACGAACCCGUAUAAAAUGUUCAAGCCUCAAAUUGGAUAUUCCGAGCAUGGAUAUCGUUCGCAGCGUCCCCAAAUCUCGAGCAUAAUACCCCUUGGCGUCGAUGUAGUGAAGCUCCUGGAAGAACGGGAGAUUAUCUUGCACAACCGGCUCAAGUCGCGGAAAGCGGAGAUCGAGAGCAUGAGUGCUAACAUAGCGGAGUGGAAGGCUGGCAGCCUCAAGGGUGGUGAGGAUGCUGCUAUCAAGCGCCGCCUGUUGAUUGAAUAUCACAAGCUUCGUCUGCAUGACAGACAGCAGGCGCUGCGCCGUGCUAUCAGCCGCGAGAUGAUGAACGCGGACAACCUCGCCAUGACUGCAAAUCGUUCUCUAUACCGCCGCCGCAAGAAGCAGAGUCUGCCCGAGGCCAGAAUCACAGAGAAGCUCGAGCAGCAGCAGCGAGAUGCUCGCGAGUCCAAAGAGAAAAAGAAGCAAACCGACUUCCUCAACUCCGUUGUGUCACAGUCGGAGAAGCUGCGCGCCGCAGCCGUCGCUUCUCACGCGCGUUACUCGCGUCUGGGACGUGCGGUCACACUGCAACAUCAAUACUUGGAGCGCGAAGAGCAAAAGCGCGUGGAGCGAACUGCCAAGCAGCGUCUGCAAGCGCUCAAAGCCAACGACGAAGAGACAUAUCUCAAACUGCUUGGACAGGCAAAGGACACGCGUAUUUCGCACCUACUUCGACAGACCGAUGGCUUCCUCAAGCAGCUUGCGGCCUCAGUCAAGGACCAGCAACGCAGCGCAAUCAAGCGCUACGGUGGCGAGCACCCCGAGCCAGAAAGCAGCAGCAGCGAAGACGAUUCGGACGGCGAGGAAGGCUCCCGACGACCAAAGGUCGACUACUAUGAGGUUGCCCACCGCAUCAAGGAAACGGUCACGGAACAGGCUUCAAGUCUUGUUGGUGGUACGCUGAAGGAAUAUCAGCUCAAGGGUCUACAAUGGAUGAUUUCCCUGUACAAUAACAACCUCAACGGUAUUCUGGCAGACGAGAUGGGCCUCGGCAAAACGAUUCAGACCAUAUCGUUGAUCACGUAUCUGAUCGAGAAGAAGAAGGAGCCUGGACCAUACCUCGUCAUCGUUCCUUUGUCGACGCUCACGAAUUGGAACAACGAAUUCGAGAAGUGGGCGCCCAGCGUCAAGAAGAUUGUCUACAAGGGUCCCCCGAAUGCACGAAGGCAGCAUCAGCAGCAGAUUCGAUGGGGCCAGUUCCAGGUCCUUCUCACCACGUAUGAGUUUAUCAUCAAGGACAGACCUAUUCUCAGCAAGAUAAAGUGGUUGCACAUGAUUGUUGACGAAGGCCAUCGUAUGAAGAACUCAAAUUCCAAGCUGAGCAGCACAAUCACACAGUACUACACCACGCGUUUCCGACUGAUCUUGACUGGCACGCCUCUUCAAAACAACCUACCUGAACUGUGGGCCUUGCUGAACUUCGUCCUGCCGAACAUCUUCAAGUCUGUCAAGUCUUUCGAUGAGUGGUUCAAUACUCCUUUUGCCAACACCGGUGGACAGGAUAAGAUGGAGCUUACGGAAGAAGAACAGUUGCUGAUCAUCAAACGUCUUCACAAAGUCCUGCGACCUUUCCUGCUUCGUCGGUUGAAGAAAGACGUCGAGGCAGAUUUGCCCGAAAAGCAAGAACGAGUCAUCAAAUGCGGCUUCUCGGCCCUGCAGGCUAAGCUGUACAAACAGCUUGUCACGCACAAUCGUAUGAUGAUCAGCGAUGGAAAGGGUGGUAAGACGGGCAUGCGCGGAUUGAGCAACAUGCUCAUGCAGCUGCGCAAGCUCUGUAACCAUCCUUUCGUUUUUGAGGAGGUCGAAGAUCAAGUCAAUCCUAAUCGUGGCACCAACGACUUGCUUUGGCGCUCGGCCGGUAAGUUCGAGCUGCUCGACCGCGUGCUGCCCAAGUUCCAGGCCACCGGUCAUCGUGUCCUUAUGUUCUUCCAAAUGACACAAAUUAUGAACAUCAUGGAGGACUUCCUUCGCCUGCGAGGAAUGAAGUACUUGCGGCUGGACGGCUCGACGAAAGCCGACGAUCGCUCGGAUCUACUCAAGCUCUUCAACGCCCCAGACUCUGAAUACUUUUGCUUCCUGUUAUCGACCCGUGCUGGAGGUCUGGGUCUGAAUCUCCAAACGGCUGACACCGUCAUCAUUUAUGAUUCUGACUGGAAUCCGCAUCAGGAUUUGCAGGCACAGGAUCGCGCCCAUCGUAUCGGUCAGAAGAACGAGGUGCGAAUUCUGCGUCUCAUCACCAGCAACUCUGUUGAGGAGAAGAUUCUCGAGCGGGCCAACUUUAAACUCGACAUGGACGGCAAAGUUAUUCAAGCUGGUAAAUUCGACAACAAGUCGACCAACGAAGAAAGAGACGCAAUGCUUAGAGUCAUGUUGGAGUCGGCAGAGAAUGCAGACAGCAUGGAGAACGAGGAGAUGGACGACGACGACUUGAACAUGUUGAUGAUGCGUAAGGAGGAAGAACUUGCCAUCUUCCAGAGGAUUGAUAGAGAGCGGGAGGAGAACUCGCCUUAUGGUCCUGGCAAGAAGUUGCCUCGUCUCAUGUCUGAGGAAGAGCUUCCAGACAUUUACUUGCAAGAGGAUAACCCGGUGGAGGAUGCCAUCGAGGAGUUCACCGGCCGCGGUGCUCGAGAGCGGACUCGCGUCAAGUACGACGACGGUCUGACGGAAGAGCAGUGGCUUGAGGCUGUCGACAAUGACGACGAUACGAUUGAGGCUGCAAUUGCUCGCAAGGAUGCCAAAAUCGCACGACGUCUGGCUAACAAGGAGAAGAAGCUCGCCGCCGCCGCUGCUGCUAACUCACCAAUGCCGUCUCGCGAUAGUUCCGAGUCACCCAUGCCCAAGAAGCGUGGUCGCAAGCCCAAGGCCGAGAAGCGCAAGCUAGACGAUAUAUCCGUCAACGGAGAUGAUGUCCCUCCACCGAAGAAACGAGGUCGACCAGCGUCGACCAAAGUCAAAGAGACGUUAACUCCUGAGCAACGCGCUACCAUUCAGGCGAUCAUGGAUAAUGUUCACGACACAUUGCUCGAUAUGAAGGAUGAGACGGGCACGUACGAGCUGGCCAAUCCAUUUAUCGAGCUGCCAUCCAAGAUCGAUUACCCAGACUACUACACGCUCAUCACACAGCCGAUUUGUCUUAACGAUAUUGGCGAUCGUAUCAACAAGAAGUAUUAUCAGAGCUUGAAACAGUUCCGCCAAGAUAUCUCUCUCAUGGUUCAGAAUUGUCGAACCUACAACGAGGAAGGCAGUCAACUGACGAUUGACGCGGGCAAGAUUGAGGAGAAAACCCUUGAAUUACUCAGGGAAGAAACUGAGGAUAAGCCGGAGUUCCAAGACUUUGACGAUGACAGCAGCAUGCAGGACAUUCGAUCUGGUGCCGUCUCCAGCGUUGGCACGCCGUUGGCUAGUGGUUUGUCUUGCGGAAGUUACUCUACACACCGAUACUAACAAACGUACCAGGUCGUUAACAAUGUACCCGACAAUGACCCACGACGACAAAAUCGCCAAGGGUGAUUGGUUUUGACUUUGCGCUUCCCAUCUUUUUCUGAUAGGGAGUCUCGUAUGGGUGGACAGUUGAUGUUGGGACUUCUUUCUUUUUCGGAACACUAAGAACAGGGGAGUUUUUUGUGUUGACUACCAAACAACCUUUCUCAUGAGAAAAAAAGAAACCGGCGUCAAGAUUGGAACCAAAGCGUAAUUGGCAAGGGGCCGGCGCAGUCUGAAAGAGAGACUAGACGACUCACUCCAUCAAACAUACUCCGUCUGGCAUUGUUGGCGAAUGCGUAUGUAUGGGGAUCUUCGACUAAGGGAGCAAUUGGCUGAUCGAGAGACAUGGGUGGCUUCUACUGUCCAGUCCUACGUGCAUGCUUGUGUGUACUAUUUAUGAAUUGAAACUGAUCACUAUCUGAGAGCUUGCUCG